AUGAUCGACACCUGGUCCAAGUCCCCGAGCUUCGAUGGCCGAGCGGGGGACUUGUCGGUGGAUCUGCUUCUGAAGGGCGCUCUUGAUCUGCAGGAGUCGCUCCUCAUGCUGGAGAAGCUCCAGAGAUCUUCCGAGUUGCUGACUCAGUCAAGGAGGAGGUUCCAGGGCUGCAGCUUCAGGGAGGAGGGGCCGCCCGCCGGAGGAGCAGGCGGCGCCGCCGUGUUGACUGGUUCCGGGAGGUUUGGGUCCUCGAGAAAUGGCGUGGAGGAGCUCAGGAAUGUGAUCAGGGACAAUCUUUACCGGCAGAACCUCCUCUCGGGGAGGUCUACGAAGCCGCCGCCGCCGCCGUCGUCGCCGGAGAAGCCCAGAGCUCCGAACCUGAUAGCCAGGCUCAUGGGCCUGGAAGAAGCUCCGCCGUCGGCGGCGGCGGAGAAACCAGAUCGGAGCAGAAAGGGGCUGCAGGAUAUCAUAGAGAGCAUGAAGGUCAAGGGCCUUCUCGGAGCGGCCCGCAAUGAAGAAACCCUGCUCCAGUCGCCGGCGCUUCCGUAUCUUCGGCGAAUCCCGGGAGAUGAAGAAGAAGAGCCACCCAUCGUGAUCAUCAAGCCCAUGCACCUGGCGGCGGCGGCGGCGAUGGAGGAGAGGAAAUAUUCCGGCGAGGUGGAGGUGGGAGACCCACCGGAGAAAAUAAAGUCGGUAGCUUCCCCUCCGGUCAAAAAGACGAAGGAGGAAACCAGGGCCCGCAGGAAGCUCGAAGAGCAUCAGAUGAAGAACAGGAGCACGAGAUAUCAGAUCAAGACGACGAACCCACCGCCGGCGAGAAAGCCGGAGAGGAGACCAUCAGCUCCGGCGAGGAACCAGGUUUCCGUCCAGAGGAGCUCCUCCUCGACGAAGACGACUAUGAGGAAAUCCGUCGAGUCGACCAGGGAGAGGAGGGCGACGAAGGCUAAACCAGUGAGACGGCCGCCGGCGUCGCCGCCGGUGAGGAGAACUCUUUCCUGCGCUCAGCAGCAGGUGGGUAGGCUUUACCUUCUCCGGAAAACUGAAGGGUCGCCCUCCAUUUCUUGCAGGAGGACAAGGAGAUGGUUGUCUGCCAUGGAAGAGGAGGCGCCCCGGCCAUGUCCUCCCCUUCUUCUUCCCCUUCUAAUCUCUCCUCCCAUGGAGAAGGAGCCCCCUGUACGAUCACUCUCACAGAAGGUACUCUAAUCACUGGUAGAAAAAUCUCACUCCGAUCCAACUCCCUCCUUUUCUUAAGCAGUUUCCUUACAUAUUUCAGGGAGGCCGAGGGAGGCCACGGCGAAGCUCAACAGCCAUAGGGGAGAGAACUCGCCUGCCAUUGCUCGAGAGCUCUUCUUCAACCUCGACCCAGGGAAGAAGACGACCGCCGCCGGCGAUUCCAAGCUCCUCUCGGACUGCGCCAGAGAGCUGAUGGCCUCCAAGCUCCGCCGCCCUUCUCCCUCCCUCCUCCCCACUCCGCCAGAGAUGGCGGCAGCGGCCACCUCCGCGAACCUGCUGGCGGGGGAGAUAAGCCGAGAAAUCGAGGGUGUGAGGAGCUGUGGCGGCGGCCGGGGCGGAGAAGAAGAGAGCUUCUGCCGGCGGCUGGAGAGAGAUCUGAGGUGCAGCAAGAGGGGGGCUUGGCAUCCGGGCUGGGAGGAGGUCCCUCCUGCGGAAGAAGCUCGAGGGAUCGUUCGUCUCCUGGAAAGUCAUCUCCUCAAUCUGCUCGUUGCGGAGGUCUUUGCAGUUUGA